CACACAGUCUCUCCAUAUGAAGCUGCCUGGACCUUCCGAGACAGCCUCGGAGGGUGUGGGGAACCGAACCCGACUAUUGUGUCAAAUAGAAGAGUUACCAACUUUCUCUCCCUGCGCAUUUAGAUUUCAAUGCGUUCUACCACAAGCAAGUGUAGUGGGCUGUACAGACUAGCAUAUUGUCAAUUCGCUCUUAAUUUGAAUGAAGCUCUUUGUCAGCGCGUGUUUUCCUAAAGCUGUGUUGCUCCCUAGUGCCAAGUUGCCUGCACUUACUUUUUUAGUUUGUGUUUUUACCUGUUUGUAAACGAGGCAAUAACAUCAAACUUAGCCGCAUCUAAGUUUGUGUUUGGUAUUGCACAGAGGAAAACACAGCGACGAUAAAACUGUUUUUCUAAACCGAGCUGUCAGGCGGAUUAUUUUCUGACGACAGUUGAGAAAAGAUUUAUUUUAGAUGUCACGUUGGAGUUUCCUAAUGUAUGACAGCUGGCUGCAGAAGACCUCCAGAGAGCGUCAUUUUAUACAAUCAUAUUGGCAAGUUAAAUCUUAAUAAUUGCUUAUCUGCUAUACUGGAUUAGAGCCACUACUGUCCUUACCUCUAGUGCUUCGACAAAGAAGAGCCUCGCUAAAGAGCCUUUCUAAAACAUCGGCUUUCUAGGACCCGAUUGCUUUGAGCGGAUCAGCUCUGGACAGAGUGAGAGAGAGAUAUUUUAAAUAACUAAACAAUAAAACAUGAACAAACAAAAAACAAACAGCUUUGACAGUUAUUUUUAUUUAUGCUACCCCGCUUUCAAAUGAAGAGUUGCACUUGCUCCAUCCACAUCGAUUCAAAACAGAAGCAGCUCGUUCACCUGUCAGUGUUGGUUGCAGGUUUCGUUCUCCAGGGCAUCUGAUAUUAAAGCCAGUAGCCAGACCUAAAGUUGGGACCAUCUCUGCUACCUAAAGAAAAAAAAAAUCUGUUCUGAAUUUAUACUUCCCAGGCUAAAAAAAAAAAAGGACCUCAGAGUUGUUUAAGAUACUGGAAAAAGGGGCUGCGACGACAGGAGAAGAAUCUCAACCAUCUGUCACCAGGCUAACUGAUUAUAUCCUGAUCCUGAAGCAGAGUCGUUAAACUCUCUGAGAGUAAAAGAAGGGGUACAAAUUAACAACUGUUACACACUGUAUUGAAAGGUGAACCGAGGUGAAAAGAAUAUUUCGCUUUUGAGUUUGCAGCUCCUGCAAGGAGGACCAUGGGGUCUUUAUGGCAGAGCAAAAAAAAAAAAACUUUCAAUCUAGCAACUCAAGAAACUGUCUUGCUUUCCUAACCAGCUGGAUUCUGUGACCUAUGCACUUUUUCACAGGUGUUAGGCAGCCUACAACCCUUUACACUCCUAGAUGUCCACAGUAGAAGAAGAUGAUUCUAAGUUUGUCUUGUGAAGCUUGCUUCAAUGCCCUUGAUUUUGGUUAGAGCCCAAACAGCUGGUCGUAUGGGAACUGAAAUCCAAGACACAUCAAAUAAAGCCCUACUAACAAAAGAGUUGUAUGUAACAGACAUAUUUCUGACAAAAAUAAAAGACUGAUCUCAAAAUCAAAUGAUAAAGCAAAACCUGUGUUGCAGUCUGCAUUGUGGCUGUGCUGAAUCUGCUGUGAAAGAGAACAGCAGAUCCAGCACUAAGUGUAUUUUUUAUUGAACUAGAAGUUGUUGUGCUAAAAAUAUAUUGGCGUAAAACAUGAACAUGAAACAUAUUUAGAUUUGGACUUUUGAAAAGCAAUAAUAUAGGUACCAUAAUUGAACACCUAUACUAUUCCCCCAAGAAAUAACUCGAAAUUAAUUUAACUGGGAGGCAUUCAAAAAUUUGUGAAUUGCUUUGUGGUUCAAGUUUUGAUGAUGGCCCAAACCAACCAGUCUGCAGACAUCUACCUCCAGAUCUUAUCUGCAAACAGCUCACAGAACUUCAGUGACAUGAUUAGCACCUGGGACGAGAACUGCAUCCUGGGGCUGCAGAUCUCUUUGUACAUUAUCUUGGGGAUCAUCACCCUGGCCACGGUCCUGUCCAACAUCUUUGUGAUUAUCACCAUCUUCCUGACUCGUAAACUCCACACUCCCGCUAAUUUCCUCAUAGGCUCCCUGGCAGUGACUGAUCUCCUGGUGUCCAUAUUGGUGAUGCCAAUCAGCAUUGCCUACACUGUGAGCAAGACCUGGUCAUUCGGGCAGAUCAUGUGCGACAUCUGGCUGUCAUCGGACAUCACCUGCUGCACAGCCUCCAUCCUGCACCUUUGUGUCAUUGCUCUUGACCGGUACUGGGCCAUCACGGAUGCCCUUGAGUACUCUAAGAAAAGGACCACCUGUAGAGCGGGGGUCAUGAUCGCUGUGGUCUGGGUGAUCUCCAUCUGCAUUUCCAUACCUCCCCUUUUCUGGAGGCAGGCCAAAGCUCAAGAGGAGCUGGCGGACUGCAACGUCAACACCGACCACAUCUUCUACACCAUUUACUCCACAUUUGGGGCCUUCUAUAUCCCCACUGUGCUGCUGAUAAUCCUCUACGGCAGGAUAUACGUGGCUGCCAGAUCAAGGAUCUUCAAGCCCCCGUCUUCUUGUGGGAAGCGCUUCACCACAGCCGAGCUGAUAGGUGGAUCUGAUGGGUCCUCGCUCUGCUCCAUUAACUCAAACUCUAACCAAGAUGGCCAGCUACAGCCUGGAGGUUCUCCGAUUUUCAUAAACCACGUCAAGGUCAAGCUGGCGGAUAGUGUGCUGGAGCGGAAGAGGAUCUGUGCGGCUAGAGAGAGGAAAGCCACCAAGACCCUCGGGAUCAUCCUGGGAGCAUUCAUCUUUUGCUGGCUGCCCUUCUUCGUGGUGACCUUGGUAAUAUCUAUCUGCCAGGAGGCCUGUUGGUUCCAUCAAGUGCUCUUUGAUUUCUUCACCUGGCUAGGGUACCUGAACUCCCUCAUCAACCCAGUGAUCUACACGGCUUUCAACGAUGAGUUCAAGCAAGCUUUCCAGAAGCUCAUACGAUUUAAGCGGUGCUAUUAAGCCUCUCUGAACAGCAUUAUUGUUUAUUUUCCAUUCUCAAUUUCAUCAGGUAUAGCAACCAGUAAAGCUUAGCUACUAGUACUGUAUUGUGAAACUGGUGAUCUGUUUAAAGUAUUUUUUGGGGUCAUUGUACAUUUUAGUACACUGAAUCAAAAUGGCUCAUCUUGUAAAGAUCAGAACCUCACAGCUAUUUCCUGCCUUAAGUGUUUGCAUGUUAACAGUGUAGAUCUAGCAAAAAAUGUCUUGAAUAUGAACGGAUAAGACUUUGUGUUUAAAGAACCAUAAUCAAUCCCUGCUUUAAAAGUUUUGAAAAUGAAAGGGGGGCUUCUGUAGUGUAAACCAAAAACAUUCAAAAAAGCCACUUUGUGGUGGUUCUUAGUCAAGGUUGUUAGAUUAUAUGUAGUUUUUGUAAACGGUUCUGAUUAACAUAUGUGUUCCUUUUUUUUUUAACCUGUCCAUGAUGAAAUCACGUGUAACUGUGCAUCAAACAAAAAAUGUAAUUUGUAAAUAGUUAACCAUUGGUAUUACUGUACAUGCGGAUCUCAAUGGGCAAAACAACAUACAUGGUAAGAUCUCAUUUUCUGUACCUGCAGAAACCAUCGAAGUAUUAUACAUAUUAGACUGUUUAAAUUAUGCUUUUACCUUGAAAUAAAGCUCUAAGCAUUUAUGAAAAGGAGUUAACUUCUUUGGUAAGAAUCCUAUUUGCUCUGAAGUACUAUAUUUGAGUCCUCUAAACUUUCACAGAUAUGAACAGUUGGUACUGUUUUUU